GCACCAAAAUAUCCACCGCCGGCCUGGCCUGGCUGGCCUCUCUUUCCCGACGAUCCUCCCCAGUCUAGAGGCUUUGCACCAAUCGCCGGCGAGAGAUCAAACUGAAUCCCAAAAUUGAUCGGUGGGGAAGAUAUAAAUGGGAGAUCCGGACAAGGAAUGGGAUUUUUAUCUUCGGACCUUAUCCAGCAGUGCUAGAGACUCCAAUUUGGCCAGCGACCCCGCUUCCGAUCCGUCCCUCCUUAAUUCUGUGAGGAAGCUGUGCCAGUUGUGUAAAGCAGAGAAUUCGGAGGAUUUGGUUGCUAGGGUUUAUCCGCACUUUAACAAACUCUUUCAGCGCUCUGUGGCUUCGCUCCCUCAAUCUAAGUCCUCUUAUGGACUUCUCUUGCUGGAUAUUAUUCAGUUUUUCCUCGACUUUGGAGAGAUUGUUCUACAUGAUGCUGAUCCCAGUCUAAGGUCAUUUUUUCGCUCGUGCUUGAGUCGUGAAUUUGCAGAUCUAACUGUGGCAGAGGCAACCCUUCAUUUUCUGAAUGUCAACAAGAAAAGGCUUCUGGCUUCUUUUCCUGCCUUACUACCUCAAUUUUUUCCACUGUUACUUAAGCUGAUAGCCUGGAAUGGAGAAAAUAUUGCGUGUUAUAGUCAAAGCAAAUCAUUUUCUCGACUUGAUGAGUGGCUGGCUAACUUCUUAGCUCUCUUUUCCAGGUUACUGAAUUCAUUCUUAAAGGUCUUUCCUGAACUGAUAUCGCCUGCUUCAUUUCUUCCUCUAUUUCCGUCCUUAGUGGAUCUGCCAAUGUUGGUAGUGGCAUUGGAAAGGGUGGAGCGAAGUUCGGGUUCCCUUAUUGGGAGCAGUAUUGCCUCAAUCCAGAACACAACGGCUCCAGAGAUGUUACUGGCUCUGAUGGAUGAAGCUUAUACUGGUUCCACUAUAGGAGAUGGUGGGGCUGGCAGUGAAUCAGAGGACAUCAAUGCGAUUGAUUCUGCUGAUCCUUUGUUUCUAGAACUUCUGAAGGAUGAGAAUGACGGAUUAGCUGAGCGUCAUAGAACAUCUCCCAGUAUGGCUGCAGCAUUGCAGGCUGCAGUUAAUGUUCCUCAAACGGAUAGGCUGAAGCAAUCGCUCAAAAUAGGGCCUGCCCUUCUUGACGUGUACUGUGCUUUAGCAAUACGCGAUGUCAAUGAUUCUCUGAUCUGUGCCCUUAUCCCAUUGAUUAUGGCAAGAAAUGAUGUACUAUUUCCUGACAAAAAUUACUCCUACCAGGUUCGUAAAAGGCUUUUGGAGUUUAUGCUUGCAUCAUUUCAGCGUUCUCCAAAUUUUAUAGCUCUUCUGAAGAAACCUAUUAUGGACAGGCUUGGAGAAGCAUAUGACAGUUCUGCAAAGACAGAACUAGCAUUACAGUUGUGUUGGGCGAUCGGUGAACAUGGCGGCGGCGGUGCAUCUCACAAAGAUGCUGCACGCGAGCUUUUUGAGAAUCUGGAGCUACUUCUCUAUGAAAACCUAUCAUCUAGCCGGCUUGGCCUAAGGGAAUCCGCACUUGGAUCUGACAGCGAAAACUUGAGAAAGUCAUCACAAUCCAGGCUUCUGUGUUUCGUUGUAACAGCUAUCGCAAAGCUGGCCACACAUCACCAUGAAUUGUUACCAAGAGCUCGUGUGUCCUUAGGCAAGGCAUCUAGAUCUCGCAUCUCAGAUGUGAGGGUUUGGAGGCGUGCUCGAGAUUACCUAGGUUUGAUCGAUGAUCCUGCAAUAUCCUUGUCCGUCUUGGGGCCUUCACAAGGGCACGUGCAAAAGCCAGGAACUGUGAACUGGAGGGAUGGCGGCACCAAAAUGAUCGCACAUAUCCCCUUCUACCUCCUCGGCGAACAGGAAGGUUCCCCCUUCCACGACUUCUCAUUCUCUGAUAUAUUCCCGAGAACAUGAUGACUCUGCUGCCUCGUGCUUCUUGAAGGUGGAGAAGCCUCUGGAUAGCGUCUCUGUGAUUUCAAACUUAGUCUCGGAUUGCGAGUUGAUAUUGAUCUGGGUUUUCCCAUGUAGCGAAAGUUCCCCUUUUCUGUGUGCAUAUACAUGGAAUCCCUAAUUGCAGGCGACCUUUCUGGUUGAAACAUUUUUAAAUUUUUUUGCUUCAUAGAGUUCGUGAGCAGGUAAAUCGUUGAAUGUUGCUCUGCCAUUACACCAUACCUAGAAAGAACAUGUAGCUUCCAUCGUGUCGAAGAAUCGUAUUACUUAAUCAGUGGAUUCGAAUCCGAACACUCUUGUCUCAUACAUGAAUCUUUGAUUGUGAAAUUAAUAGUGC